AUGGAACGGAGGAGGGAGACAGAGGGAAUAGAAACGCUCGACUCUCGCCUUAAUCAGAAGGUAAACUGGAAAUCUGGGGACUUUAGACUCCCUGCUGAAACAGAUAGAGAGGAGGAGGAGGAGGAGGAGGAGGAGGAGGAGGGGGAGGAAAGGGGGAGGAAGAGGAAAGAAAAGUAAGUGAGUGAAGAAGAUAGAGGAUGACAAACUGGAGGGAAAUGUGAAUGAAGCAGAGAUAAAGAUACAGAAAGAGAGAGAGAGAGAGAGAGGGAGGGAGGGCUUAUUACCAUUCCCAGGGAACCAGGUGUUUAUUUCUCUAUUUGUAAGCAGCAGCUUCAUUACCCAGAGUUCAACAGGAGCGGGCGGAGCUGCGGCAGCAUCAAGGUCAGACUAAUCAGACAGCGAAUGGGAGGAGCGGCGGAGGAGGGAAACACAAAUUAUGUAAUGUAUCCUCUCGGCCCUUCAGCCCUGCCACCUCCUAUCUACCUCUGGUCCUCCUCGCCCCUCCUCACCCUCCUCUACCUCGCUCGGCGGUCCACUGGGAGCAGAACUCUUCACACCGCCUCCCUCCUCCUCUGAUGGAGACUGA